UUAGAAAAGGUUUCGUGAGAUCCGUUGUGCACUUGCAUGUCUCGCGCAUCAUUUUUGCGAUACUCACCUGGCUAGCACUGCGAUGGCUGCUCCCUCGAACCCCCAAACGCGCAAGGCAGGAAACUUCACGUAUGAGGUGUACGCGAUCGACUACUCCAUGCACCGCGAGCAUCGAAACAAGCUCUUGGACCGCAUGUCGGCCCUUCCGGCGCUGGCCCCGUCUUCGUUCAUUGUCCUGCACGGCGGGUCCGAGUUGAACGAGUACGACACGGACACGACGGUGCCGUUCCAACAAGAGAGCAUGUUUCAAUACUUGUUUGGUGUGAAAGAGCCCGAUUGCGCCGGUGCGCUCGAUUUGACCACACGAAAGUCCUUGCUGUUCGUCCCCCGUUUGUCCGCUGAGUGGGCGCUCUGGUGCGGCGAUCGCAAGCCUCUGGAUUGGUUUCGCACUCAUUACGGUGUGGACGAAGUGUUCUUCGUCGACGAUAUGGCGGACGUACUAGAGUCGCGCGGCGCCAAGACGCUGUAUGUGUUGCACGGGGUGAACUUGGACAGUGGUUUGACAACUCAAACAACGUCGACGUUUCCAGGCAUUGACAAAUUUACCGUGGACAAGUCGGCGCUGCACAAUGAACUUGUCGAGUGUCGAGUGAUCAAGACCGAGAAGGAGCUUGACUUGCUUCGUUGGGUCAACCGAUUGAGUUCGGCAGCGCACAUUCAAGUAAUGAAGACGAUCGUGCCAGGCAUGGUCGAGUAUCAUGCCGAAUCGACGUUCUUGCACUCGUGCCACAGCAAGGGGGGCGCCCGCUUUCACGCGUACACGUGCAUUUGUGGCAGUGGCCACAAUGCUGCUGCCCUCCAUUACGGCCACGCUGGCGCUCCCAACGACAAGGUUCUUGCCGACGGCGACAUCUUCCUCAACGAUAUGGGUGCUUCGUACCACGGAUACGCGUCGGACAUUACGUGUUCGUUUCCCGUCAACGGUGUAUUCACGGAAGACCAAAAAUUCAUUUACAAUGGGGUGCUCAAGUCACAUGAAGCAGCGCUGAAUGCAAUCAAGCCGGGGGCUCACUGGACGGACAUCCACUUGCUUUCCCAGCGGGUCUUGACGGAACACCUCUUGGCUGGUGGUCUCUUGCAAAACGGCACGGUCGAUGAAUUGAUGGAAGCCGAAAUCAGCGCAUAUUUCUAUCCCCAUGGUCUCGGCCACUUGAUGGGCCUGGACGUGCAUGAUGUAGGUGGGUACCUCCCUGGGACCGGCCGCACCGACACGCGAAUGCUCCGGAAGCUCCGCUGCGGCCGCGUGCUUGAGAAGAACAUGGUGGUCACCGUGGAACCUGGUUGCUACUUCAUCGAAGGCCAAUUGGAGGAAUUGCUGACCAACCCGGACACUGCCAAAUACGUCAACCAGGACGUGCUGCGUCGUUUCCGCGGCUUUGGCGGCGUGCGCAUCGAGUCCGACGUGAUCGUGACGGAAACCGGGUUUGAAAACAUGUCCCAUUUGGUCCCUCGCACCGUCGAAGAGAUCGAGCGCGUCAUGGCAUCGCAGUAAAGCGUUCUUAAUGCAUGCUCACAAUGCCAGUCAUGGUGUUUCCAACACA